CAACGGGCUCAAGUAUGGCCGGAAUUUUGACGCUAACAAAGGCCCUUCGGAAGAUGUAAUUGAUGCUGGCAUGUCGGGGUAUGCGUCCAGCGCUUCUAACACGGGAAAGCAUGAGGCCGGCUACCAUGGCUCGGCAGCGAUGGGGGACGUUGGUAGUUGUCCCUAUGCGCAAGCUGGUCGCCAGUCGAAAUGUGGUGUUAUCAAUUCGAGUUCCUAUCGAUGGUGAGGGAAGGGCUUGCAACCACAGAUCCGACUUCCAUUCCGCAGUGGCAAGUAGACGAGCUCGAUCUGCCGUACUAGUUGACGUAUCAACGAGAUUAUUCCGUACUAAAUGUAUAUGGUAUGUUCAUAACUUAAUGGAAAUAUACAUGAUUUUUUUGACCUAAAUUGGGAUUAAGUAUUACAAUAAAAAAUCGGCCUAGCUACCUCUAAGCUUUUUGUUAAACCACUUUGGUUUUAAUAUUAGAUUCAUUGUCCAUCGCAUGCAAUGCAAUAAUUGUUUUUCUAUUUAGUAUAGUACGUCAAUAUUACAUGGAAUAAUGUAGGUAGGUAAAAAACAUCAUUUUUUUUUUCCUCGAACGAGUUUGGUGAAUCAGCGGCAGAAUAGGUAAGAGACUGAGGUAUUCUAAAAGAUGUAAGUACCAGACAUAGGGUUUCUGCUCGAGAAUUCGCUAGGCGAGAAAUCUCGAGAAAUUUGUCCUUUGUUGAAGAUAUAAUCCAAUUUCAGUACUAAAGACUCAAAUUAGAAGAACGAAAUAUAUUCACCUGGGUCGUUAACUUUUAUUGUCUUGUCCACAGAAGAUAUUUUUUUCUAAAAUGCGUUUGACCCAGUUAACAGAACCCGCUAUACGUCUGCUGAUAAAGUGUACUUGCUAUUUCUUGACCGCAAAUUAUAAGCGAAUUUUUAAUUGUUUUAAUUCAGGUCACACAGAUAUGAACAGGUCCUAGAGCUCAAGUUAUGUUGACUCUAACCUGCACUUCACUGUUGUUACAAUUGAUAUCGAAGAGCACACCACAGACAAAAUCGAUUUACAUAGAAACCUACUGGAAAACAACAUAUGUGACGGACCACGUGCCCGACUAUUGGAAUCAUGGGCCGAUUUAUGUUCCUGGAUCACCGUUUGGAACGAAACCAGACAUCUUUCCAGCUUGGUUACCUAAAAAAGAAACAUCCAGUACUACAGAAACUAAACCUAUAGAGGAUACGACCGAAACUCAAGUUUCUGUAGGAGAAACAACUCCAGUAACUGAUAUGACUAUUAUAAAUACACCUCCAAUACAAGAAACGACAUCUCCCGAAACUGAUAUGACUACUAUUGUAACACCUCCAACUCGAGAAACUACAUCUCCAGAAACUGAUAUGACUAUUAUUACACGUCCAACAGAAAUUAGAUAUCCAGAAACUGAUAUGACUAUUAUUACACCUCGAACAGAAGAAACCAGAUCUCCAGAAACUUAUUUUACUAUCAUUAAAACACCUUCAACACAAGAAACUACAUCUCCAGAAACUGAUAUAGUACGUACAAAAAUGUCAAAAGAAACUGCAAUUGAUAUAACAACAACACAUGGUAAAGAACCUGAUUCCACGCUUCUUGAAUCUCCUACAACAGCACGUCAAUCAACUGUUGCAUUGGAAACAUUUUAUGAUGAAAAUAACAAAAUUGAGCAAACAACGGAAUCAGAAACACCGACAACUACAAUUCCAUCCUCAACCAGAGCGUAUCUUGAAGUAAUCGAGCCAGUUAUUAGAGCGAUUGAGCGGGAAUCGACAACGGAUCCGUUUUCCGUGUUUUUGCGGAAGAUGUUAAUAAUAUUGUCAACAAAAAAGAAUGAAGAUUUGCCAUUGCUGAUUAAUGAAUUCAGGGAAUAUGUCUCGAUGUUACUGACCGGCGGGCAGCUAGACACGUUGGGCGUGAAGGCUAAUUCCUACAUCGCAACAAGGCUUCUAAUAUUAGAGAAAUAUCCGAUGCAGGCGCUGCAUGAUUUAUUUGAUGAACUCCAGAAAAAACUGGCUGACAGAAAGAGGACAUUGCCCAAAGAGGUGAACGACAUCUUGGACUACAUGGAUGAUACAUACGACGAGGCGGAGGAAGAAGCCAUGCAGGCGGUGUUGCGGGAGACCUAUCUGUAUCCAAAUAGUAAAAACAAUCAUAAAAUUGCUCAAGGAUUUGUAGAUUAUGUGUUUCUAAAACCAUUGCUGAGAGUGGCUGGAACAUCAAGAGGCAACGUUCUAUUUGAAAUGAUUACAGAUGCUUUAUUAAAAUUAGCAAAGCCUGGAGAUAUGUUUGAAAGCAAUUUUCGUAAAUCCUUUAAGAAAACACAGAAAUUCAGACACGAGUCAUCUAGCACGGACACUGAAGAAAAUAUAUCAAGUAAAGGAAAUGAAGAAAGUAUAGAUUUAAGCCAUAUCAGUAGUAAUUGUGUGAGUGAAAGUUCCGAAACAAUAACAAGUUCAGAUGAGGAAAAUGAGAGCAGUAACGAAAGAAAAACACGUAAAAAUUACCAAAUUAAAAAUAAAUUAGUAAAAUCUAAAACUGUUAAAAAACAAAACAUACUUAACAGUAGAGCAAUAUCGAAGGAAAUAAAAUCAUACGAAGUAUUUAAUAAAUUAAGGUCAAUAAAUAGAAACCAAUAUGGUGCUAUCAAUCAUGGGGGUCGCCAAAAUUCUCACCAACAUAUUAUAUUAAGCACCAAAACUAAUGAUGUCAACAUUCUCAAAGCGACUGAACCUAGUGAUAUUGAAAUGGUACUUAAAUCGAAAAUAUAUGAUGCUUUUAGACGUAUGGAUUAUAUGAACUACAAUACAUCUACAACAUUGAAUAUAGACUCACAUCUCAAGUAAAUGAGAAUGAAACUGACUGUGAGAGAGAAUUGAAAAGAAAUAUUUAUAAAGCGGUAAAUAAAUUACUGAACAAAUAGCGUGGAGUGUUAAAUAAGUAUAUUAGUUUACAUAGACGUAAUGUAUUUCAGUUUUGACAAAUAAUAAAUGAUGAAUGUUUAAUUAUUAUUAAAGGAUUUAUUAUCUAAUAUAGAGGUGCUAAUAGACUUGAGCAUUUACUCGAGCAGAACAUCGAGCAUUCGAAGUUUUUAAGCAGAUUCGGCGAAUUAUGCAACGAACGCUAAUUCUUCUGAUUGAGAGAAUGUUCAAUACUAAGUGAAUACUCAUGUCUAUUCAACACUUUAACUUACUAACGUAUCUUUGUCUUAGUUAUUUAUGUUUACAAUGUUCUCCGAUAAAGUGUUCGUAUUACAAUCUAUUGUGAAAAUAAAUCUCCAAAACUA